AUGAUUUUGCUACGAACAGCUCUGGUUCGCAUUGAACAUCAGGGGGAGCUGUUUACUCUAAGAGCCCUUAUUGAUCCUGGUUCUCAACGAACAUUCAUUACUCAAAGAAUGCAGAAGCGCUUGCAACUUCCCACUACUAAAGCGCACUUUGAGAUUUUUGGAAUUGGCGAACAAACUCAGACGUCGGAAAAGGAAUGCCAACUCGUCAUUGUUGCGGAGAAGUACGACGUCCGCUUUACUGUCUCGGCUAUAGUUUUGCCUAAAGUGACAAAAUGGCUUCCUUCCGUCUCAUUCGAGAUAUCAAAUCCCUCAGAGUUGGAGGAGCUUGACUUAGCCGAUCCAAGCUUUAAUAAAUCAGCUCAAAUCGACCUGAUAUUGGGCAAUGAUUCUGAACGAUUCAUAAAUGUUGAAGGAAUCAGGAAGAAUAUAUGUGGUGAUACCUCAGCAUACAAUACGGUUUUUGGCUGGGUGUUGAGCGGUCCAAUGGAAACUGAAAGAAUUUUCUCAUUUUCCACGAACGUGGUUGAAUCCGAGGAUGUAAAAAUAAGCGAACUUCUGAGAAAAUUCUGGGAGCAAGAAGAGGUACCCAUGGCUCCCCCUCUGUGUGAGGAAGAUCAGUUUUGCGAGGAGUUCUACUCGAAAACUACCUCCAGAUCCCCGGAUGGUAGAUACGUCGUGAGACUGCCUUUCAAAGCUGAAUUCUCCGACUCCCUAUCUCUUGGCUCAUCUCGUUUUCUCGCUCUGGCUCAAUAUAAUCGAAUGGAGUCAAAGCUCUCUGAUGAUCCCGAGCUAAAUACCGAAUAUAAUUCAGUUUUGAACGAGUACAUCUCUCUCGGUCAUGCUGAAGAGACCUCAUCCCAAGAAAUAAACUCCGGUGGAAAAUACAAUUCGUUCUAUCUUCCCCACCAUGCAGUCGUCCGUCCAGAGCAUAAGUCCACUAAAGUCAGAAUCGUCUUUAACGCGUCUCGUAAGAGCAAAUCUAGACAGUCUUUAAAUGAUGUGCUCCAUACUGGACCUACGCUCCAGACUGACUUGACAUCAGUACUUCUCAAUUGGCGAAAGUAUAGAUAUGUUUUCUGCGGGGACAUUCAAAAGAUGUAUAGGCAGAUAUGGCUACACCCUAUCGACAGAGCUUAUCAGCGUAUACUUUUCCGGCCAGAUCCCAAGGGACCGGUAAAAGAUUUUGAGUUAAAAACGGUUACCUUUGGCGUGAACUGUGCGCCGUUCUUAGCAAUUCGCACGCUCCUACAACUCGCCUCUGAUUCUGAAAGGGAGUUUCCCGAUGUCGCGGAAACAUUGAGAAAAGAGACAUAUGUCGACGACAUUUUGUCCGGAGGCUUCUCUAUAGAGGACACUAUUCGAGCACAAGAGAACUUAAGCUCAGUCCUUAAGCAGGCAGGGUUUCCUCUUGUUAAAAUGACUGCAAAUGACCCCAAAUUGCUUGAUCAUCUCCCACAAGAGAGUCUAUAUGACUACGAGUUCUUGCGCUUUGACGAGUCGAGCACUACCAAGACACUUGGCAUCAAAUGGAAUGCGCUAACUGAUUCCUUCAGUUACACUCUCGGCGCCAUUCCGACGGACCAACCCAUUAGUAAACGCAAGGUUUUUUCAGCCGUGGCUCAAUUAUUUGAUCCUGCAGGUUGGGUUGCUCCUGUAGUAAUUAGAUCGAAGAUAUUGAUGCAACAACUUUGGCUCGAAGGUCUUGAUUGA